CCUCUAUGACACCAGGCACUCACAGAUGUUCUUCUGGAGCACAGAGCAUCUCUCAUGGCCCUGUCAGAACUCUUGUCGCUCACUCUCCUCUGGAUGCUGGUGGAAGGUGCUGUCGAGGAGACUGUGUAUGGUGCUGUGGGGACCAGCCAAGUCCUCAAUUCUGGAACCUUAGGCCUGGUGAGCGAUGAAUCAUCCAUCCACCUGCGCUGGGUCCACCACUCCCACCGCUCUACUGUGGUGUAUGACAGCAAGAAGGGACAAGGCCAGAGAGGCCAGACCACAGCAGAGCUUCACCUGCUCCUAGAGCACCUGCAGCUGGAAGACACAGGGAGGUACACAGCAACCAUCUACGACAACGAGGGCCGUCUCUUGAAAAGCACAACCAUUAUUUUACAUGUCCUAUCUCCUGUGUCUAAACCCAGAGUCACACACAACUGUAGCAGCGCGUCAGCCAGGCUCCUGUGUGAUGUAGGCAAUGAUGUCAAGGUGAACGUGUCCUGGAGACUGAACGGACAGGAAACAGGAGAGGCAGGACUGACUCUGUCUGUCAGUGACAAGAAGAUCCGACCUGGGGACAAAUAUGCAUGUCUGGUGAAAAACAGAGUGAGUGAAGAGAAGAGUGAAGAUGUCCACCCUGAAUGCACAGAUGAGUACACAGAGGCCUCUUCUUCCGUGUUGCUGUUUGGUCUGGAGCGCUGGAUCUCAGUAACCAUUCUGGCGGGUUUGACCAUCCUGAUCUUCAUCAUCAUCAUCAUCUGUGUGUGUGUGUUCAUGAGCUGGCAGCGCAAGAAUCCUGUUGACGAAGAGGAGGUAAUACGACGGGCCACCCUGACCAAACAACAUUGCCAAGCAACCCUCCACCAACGCUGCCCUCCACCCGGAGCCCAAGGUGGAGCACGACCCCAAAACAGAUCUCCAACCCUACCCACAAGUAACUCCCAGCGCCAGGCUCGACCCAAACCUCCAGAGCAACUAUCCAUUUUGGUUCAACCACAACUGACGGUCAGACGGACAGCACCUCGAACCAAUAGGAGCUAAAUCUGUGCAUACAUUUGUAUGGCUGUGUGUAUGUGUAGUCCUUAAAGCUUGGCAAACAAGUUUCGUACAGUUUCAAGAGAACAUUCUGCUUGCAUAUCUGAGUAUUUCUUGUGUAGUGUGGUGUUGUGGUUAGAGGAAACUCUGUCUUCCUGUUUCAACAGUUAGAACACUGAACUAGGUUAGCAGUUCCACCUGCUUUUCUGAAACAGACCACAUCCUGGUCUCGUGUUCCACGAAUCAGUGUGGGCCUCAGCACCACUAUGCACUCUCAUCCAAUCAGUGUGGGCCUCAGCACCACUAUGCACUCUCAUCCAUCUGCGGUGUUUGUGCUUGAGUGGAAGGAGAGGUGAACCAAGAGAUGGCAAACAGAGGCACUUCAGUUUGGUUUGAACAUGUAAUGAGGCUCACAUCUUCUAGAAAAGGGCCAGAGUGUUGUUGGUGUCACUAUGAAACUAGCACUUCUGAAAGAAUGAAAGUACUUUGGUUCAGCAGUGUGAUCUACCCAGUAUGGAUCCAGUGUCUAAUCACACUUUGAUUACAGAUAUUGUCAGAAUGCAUAUACUUCUUCUCCAUAUGCUAUUGCACAAUUACAAUUUGUCCAGAAAUGUACUUGAAAAUGAAGGACAAUUACUUUAUUUGCUUUCAAACCCUAGUUUUAAAUCUUGAUUAACUUUGAAUCUUGUUUAAACUUUUAUGCUUAAUUGAUUUCAGCUAUGACAUUUGUUUUCUAAAAUUGUCGUAUUUGAAGCCAAACUGUAUUUCCCCCUUAUGAAUAAAUCUAAAAGACAUGGUGAA